CAUUGACAUUAUCGGAGUCUUGCAUAACUGAUGGAAGAUGGCACUCUUCACCCAGGGUCUGAAAAACGUAGCAAGGACAGGAUUAGGUAAACAGGUUGGAGCUGCUGCUGCAGCCUAUCACAAGAAUGUAAUUGACCAUUAUGAAAACCCAAGGAAUGUUGGAUCCAUGGAUAAGGAUGAUGCCAAUGUUGGCACUGGACUUGUUGGAGCUCCAGCUUGUGGAGAUGUCAUGAAACUUCAGAUCAGGGUGGAUGAAAAUGGUAAAAUUGUGGAUGCCAAAUUCAAGACAUUUGGAUGUGGUUCAGCCAUUGCUUCAAGUUCCCUUGCUACUGAAUGGGUGAAAGGAAAAACGAUAACUGAUGCUAAAGAUAUCAAGAACACAGAGAUUGCAAAGGAGCUGUCUCUUCCACCUGUGAAACUUCACUGUUCAAGUAAGUUUGAGGAAUAG